CGGCUGGAGCGGCGGUUGAAGUAGACGAAGUUAAUGUGGGAGGGGGUGAGCAGCUUGUGGAGUAGUUAUCGUCCAUUUAUCAUUAUCGAGGUGAACUGAUCGAUAUAUGGUGAUCUGAUUUGAGGCCAUAUUUCCCAGCCCUACCUCAUAACAUACAGCAUGAAAAUUGACAUGAAUUAAAUCUUGGGUUAAUACAAAGGAGCUGUUACUGUAUUUAAUUAUAUACAAAUUCUCUGGGUAUUUGUAUGUCUGUAAGGAGCAGUCUACAAAAACACCUGUAGGCCAAAAACCGAGACAUCGUGCUUUGGUUUAAAGAGCAAACAAACAAAAGAAAACUGGAACUGCUCUGAGUUAUCUGGUACUUGUUAUCCCUCUACAUAGGAGCCUAUUGCAGUACAUUUUAGCCAUCAUGAACAUGCAGUGUCUCAAACUGGCCCAAGCAGCAGGGUAGUAAUGAUAAAUACAAGAAAGGUACAGAAGCAUUUUAUUCCUCUAGCUUUCAUAAAACACCGCAAACACCGACCACAGACAAGUACAUGUAAUCGGGUAACCUUUGUGGGAGGUGGUGAGGUAACUGAAUUCCAUGAGAACAACACCCUUACAGACCAACACAACCAGCAAAAUUUGAUCUCUCUGUGAACAAAGCCUGAUUCAGGUGAGGGUUUUCCACUGUGGAAAAUGACAAGACGCUGGAAAAGGUGUGUUUAUAAGGCAGGGCUAAUAUUAGCCAGUCUUAUCUGGACAGGCCGCAGAGGACCGAGUAAAUGACGGAAAAGAUAUCACAGCGGGUUCCAUGCUAGUCCCCCGUGAAGCCACGGAAACUUAAGCAAAUUGAACCGAUGGCCAUCAAAAUGACAGGAAAAUCACCCAGGCUUGUCAGAGCCGAUCAGUCUCACUCUGAUUCUGACAGGAAAGGCCCGGCGCUCGCAAAGCAAACGCUGCUAUCAAAACUGAGAGAUGACUGGUUCAAAACCCCAUAAGCACCUGUUACCUGUGACAUACUCCAUGCUCCACCGGCACAUGAAGUGAGAACAGCAAACCCAUUUGGUUAUUUCAAUACUGAUACUGAGUUUAGGACACAACUGAAAGGUUCAUUUACAAACCACCAAACACAGCAGCUUUCACAGGGUGAGAUUUUUUAAGGGACAUCAAGUACAACACUCAAUCCACGGCUAGUGGCUACACAAUAAAAUGACAGAUUUUUGUGGAAAACAGCAGUUUUUGAUGUAUUGUAAUCCUGAUAACAGAAAGAGAAGUAAAUUUUAAAAUAGUUUAAAAUCAUUGAUACAUCUUUAUUAAUGCUCCACACACAAAAAACCUCGACAACAGCCUCUGCAGGACUUUCUAACACAGUCUGUGUUUUAUGUUGCCCUGUCUUUACUCCCACAAUUUAAGUGCUCAAGUUUUGCAAGUGCACCCUCUAAAAAUUACCCAUUUAUGCAAUGCACUUAAGACUUAUAUUUAUGCAAAGCAGUCAAGUGUUAUUGUAGAGCAACCAGUUCUUCAAAGCAUGCAAGCUUUCCCACUGCAUUGCCAGUACCCCUGAACACACAAUAGUUUAACAACAGAAGAGUGGAAACCACAACAAACUAAAUAAAUUUAUCUUGGAAGAAUACUUCAUCUGUGGAUAUUGCUGAGGCAGUUCCCCAAAAGUCAAACAAAGCAGCUUUGAUUCAGCAAGCUUGAGCAAAAGCAAUAAGACACGGGGGCAAAGGGGUCUGAGUGUACCUGCUGGGGGCCCUCUCCAUUGACCAUAGCUGGGGGUGGUGGUGAGGCCAGGAUUGGGAGUUCAGGGCUGAGAAGCUGGCCAGACUCCAGAGGUGGGGUGUGGUCUGCCAUGUCUCCCUCAUCCACACCACUGAAGAGGUGCUCCUGCAACAAACAGUCUCCGUCAAUGAGAGAUACUGGACAAAUGGCAAAGAACCAUAGAGGUAGCUUCUUUCUCCUCUACUAUACAGUGUGAAUAUAUGAUCACCUUAAACCUGUACUGCUAUAAAAGUAUAAAAACAGGCGUCAGUGUGUUUACUUCCAUAUCAUCAAAGUAGGAUUAUCUCAAAAUGUAGGAAUUUUGUAAACACCAGAUAGCAAUUCUAGCAUUUUUGAGAUUUUUAUAUGUUAUCUUAUUUGUAAAACUAUCAUUUUCCUUUGAGAGAUAAGAUAUCCUCGCUUUUUAGAAAUGAAGGGUUGCAAGUAAAGGACGGAAACCAGGCUUUUACCGAUUGCUUCAAUAACAGGAUAAUUUUCUCUUUUCCUGAGAAGUAACAAAUGUUUAUUCGGUGACAAUGCUACCACAGAGUGGUUUGGUUGCUUUCUGAUGAUUUGUUCCUUCAUUAAACUAAUAGUCAGGUCUGUAUUCAGUUAUUUUAAUGGUGCCUUCAAAGUGAAAAACACAAAUAGCACAGGGAAAUUGACCUCUGAAUGUCUAAACUACACUGUUUCUGGUUAAGACUUAAUGAGAAUAUGAAAUGCUGAGUGGCUAUAUGACACCGAUCAUAAUUAAUUUCCAAACACACACGUUGUUUUCCUCUGUCAGUCAUUCACUGGCAGUGAUUUCUGGCACAGUCGCCCAGCUGCUGACUCUGAGAGAUAUUUUCUGAUUGCAUCAAUCAGCAGUCAAGUUAGGCCAGCUGCUCCAUCCAAACCAAACAGACCUGAUCAAAUACCAAAGAGAUAAUAUUGUACCUGAAGCUGUGCACCAAAAAGGGAGAUUUAUCAAUAAACAGUCUUUUUACAGUCUUUUUACAAUGCCAACUAUAUUUCCAUACUGACAAUGAAUAACCUUCCUUUCAGUAAAAAUGUUAAAUUAUUUUUGAGUGACAAUCAAGAAUGACUAAGCAGGUAAAAGAAAAAUAAAGUACAAAAAAAUGUCAAAUUUGUACAGAGGGAACUAUAUGACGCUCUAGCAACAGAUUAUCCCAAUUAACAUCUUACAUAAAGGUCUUCUUAUCUUAUUGAGUUGGUAAAGAAAGCUUUUUAUUGUGGUUAAAAGAUCAUUUAAGCCUACAUUAAUUACAUACUACAUUAAAUUAUAAACUAUGAGGGAAAAAAGAGAAGUAAGAGUUGCACUUCAGACACUGCAGUGACAUGAGUUAAAAGUCAAAGCCUGGAUAAAAAAAAGGAAAAACAUUAGACAGCUAACAAGAACUAUGUUUAAAUAAAGAAAGAGCACCAAGAGAGUGUAACAUGUGUCCUUGAACCUAAUUACUAUCCAGCGCAUGCGCCCCUAAACCCCACAGUGAUCUGGCUUAUCUGUUAGCUUUAGCCCCUCCCCUCCUUGAGCUUAACCCACACAGUCAGUUUACAGUGUGAUGGUCAAUGAACUAGGUUUAGGGGAACUACUGCUACACUAGAAACAACAGCAUGAGAUUACCCCGGUGCCAAUGGCACUCUUAUUGGGGCAGGGCCCCUCUGGUCAUUUAGCCUCUAAGUGAGUUGACAGUGUAAAUGUAUCACAUAUUAUUUUAUACAAAGAAAAGAAACAAUCCAUGUUUGAGUCUGAAAUCAUUUGCCAAGUCUCAAGAGGACAAUCUCAGCUGCUACUGAGGCGAGUCAAAAUGGGGGGUCCCUGAACACAGUUUCUCUUUCACCCACAUUUUGGAGACUCGAUGACUUGAAAAGGUGGCAUUGUAUUCCCAGAAGGAUUGAAGGUGUUCAGUAUAGAGUUACCUGUGGAGGCUGAAGGAGUGGCAUGUUAUCUGUGCUAAAACAGGAACAUGUGCACUUGCGUAGAGUUAUGACUUUUCCCCUUUUAGGAGGAAAUCUGGCAGUAAAUUGCUGAGAGUAAACAGCAGCAGCUGACUCUGGUGUUGCAUUUGCAUCGCACUGCAGCCUGUGCACAGCUUUUCCUGUUACAGCACAAUGAACACUACUUGAAUAUAGAAACUGUGGUGACAUCUGUUGCUGCUCUAACCGAAUGUCUUAUUUGACUGUCGCUAAAGAGGAUAGCUGAUAAGGGCACAGUUGGUUUUCAGUUUCAUUUCUGGCGAUAUUGGGAAAACACCCUGAAUGCGCAGGAUUUAUUUUAUUUAUUUAUUUGGAUCCCCAUUGGCUACUACAUAAGUAGCAGCUACUCUUCCUGGGGUCCACAAGCAGACAAUAAACAGUUGUAUAAAUUAACAUGAUAAGAGUUCAAGAUGUUAAAAUCAUAACUAAAACAAAAAUUAUGAUGACAUUACAUUUCCAAUUAAAAUAAAAGCCAAGAUAAAUGUACUCAUAAUCAAAAUCCCAUGUAUUGUAUGUUGUCACAGCCUGGUCUAGGUGUUCUGUUUCUUAUUUCAGUGAGUCUGGAUCAGUAGAUAUUGGUAUACCUUAUUUUUAAACCUUGUAAUGACAGAAAGAAGACUAUUCCAUAUUUUCAUACUUCUAAACAUGACAGUACGCUGUCCAGAGUUAGUAUUGGUGAGUGGAAGUCCUGUCCUACCCAAGGUUUCUGCCUGUUAAAAGGAAGUGUUUCCUCGCCACUGUUACUCAUGUUAGAUGAGAUGGGUUAAAUCUGUCCCAUCUUAGGUUGGGUCCUGAUAAUUCAUUAAACAAUGAGCGUGGUCUAGACCUGCUCGUGAAUUGGCACUAUAUGAAUAAAAUUUUAUUUAUGUAUUUAUUUAUUUUUUUGGAAGUGUGAAAUAACCAUUUGAUGCAUGCCUUAUGUUGAAGACUGAACAUUUGGCCUUUUGUACACUAAAAUUUGUCCAGUAAUGGGAUGCUCUGUGUGGCCAACACCUUAGAGAGAUACAGACAGACCAUCACUUAUAUUUAUAUACAUAUACAUUUGUUCAAAAUAAUGUCAGAGAACUUUGUUUAGAGCUAAAAACACACAGAGAGACAGCAUUUUUCUGCCAGCUUCACACGGCUGAUUCACAAUUCAGAGCAUGUAUGAGAUCGAGCCUGUGUGUUACCCAUUUGGCUAACACUGUCUAUGCUUUAAAGACAGAUUUACCAUCAUAAACCCCCCUUUUGAAAAACUAAACAAAUGCUAAUUAACACAAAGCCUUCUUAAGGAAGCUAUAUAAUAAAAAACAGGUUAGCAAUGGUGCAGCCAGAUCAUUUGUUUACUCUUGCUACAGGUGUGUACUCAAACCGGGACAUUAUCUACUCGCUGUUUAAUUGCAUAACAUUUAAUUGCAGUCAGGUAGUUAACAAACGAUAUAUUCAGCUUGAGUUUUUCCUCAAAGAUAAUGUUGAUAAAUCGUUUUGAGUCAGCUUGUACCAACAACAGGAGGAGGCUAACGUUACUCACUCAGGUCAGUGGACACAGCAGCAGCAGCAGUAGUAGUAGACUUCACUGAUACACACACAGAUGAUGAUUCCGAUGCAGCAGGACGGAGAAAAUCUUUAACGUCAGCUUUUCUAUUUUCUGCAAACACCUGAGACGGAGAAUUCCGCUAGCUACAUAGAUAAACAGAAGACAAGGCAGAAUGUGACAUGCUAACGUAAAGCUACUAAUGCUACCCAGCUAAUAGUUAGCAAGAUGAAGAUGUGCUUUCUUCGCAAUAACCAGCUACGGUCACUCGUAUUGACUUCUCCCGAAAACAGGCUGAAGUAACAGGCGAGCAACCGCGACGACGCCGAGUGUCGAUAGUUUCAGCUCGAGUGCCAAAUUUUAUCGAGAUAACUUUCCAUCUAACCCUGCUGCUUGCAUAAAAGUCAGGAAUUUCGCCAUCGCUUACAGGGCUCUGUGCGCAUGCGCGUCGCAGCAAAUCAUGACGAAUCCCAAAUUCCAAGAUAGCGAAAGGCAACUUUUAUCGUCUAUUUUUACAUCUUUAAAACCGCUUCACGCUGUUUAGAGUCCACUAUACGAUGUUAUUUUCAUUAGUAAUUAUUGUAAAAAUAAACAUUAUCCUCCAUAUCCCGUUUCAUUAUCCUAAGGGAGACUUUAAGGUUGACGUGUCUCUGAUUGGUUCGUUCUCUAAAUCACUUGUAAAGAGACAGAGGGAAAUAAAGUCCCUUUAAAUUUUACUCAAGCGUGACUGUUCUUCGCUUCAUCCUGCUCUGUGGAGCUAAAGGGGUCAUAUUCAAGCAGAUAGCGGUAGAAAAUGUAUGUAUGUUCCACCUUAACAGCAUCAUAUCUCAUUUAAAGUGUCCGUGUGUGAUGUUCAUUCAUAUUUAUCCUCCCUGUCCUCAUUACAAGACUUAUGCAGUAAUGGUGAUUGCGAGUUGAGCUUAUUAAUACUAAUAUUUAUAUAUCCUAUAGCUUACUGCAAAUUUUUGCCAUAUGAUCAUAAUGACAAAAUCAAAACUUGCAAUUUCACUAUUAUGAAAGUCAGGAAAACAACAGAUUCAUUGACAGCAUCAAAAUUAGUAGCACUACUUUUAUUUCACCAUGCUUUUAUUUCACCCAAAACAUAUAUAAUUAUCAUUAUCAUGAUUUCAUUAUCAUGAAAAUCAGGAAAAUAACAGACUCAAUUACAGCAUCAAAAUUAAUAGCACUUGUGUUAUUUCACUAUGCUUUUAUUUCACCCAAAAACAUCUACAUGCACAUUCUGUAAUUUAUUCAUCCAUCUAAAAAUGCACAGGAAAAUUUGAAAAUAUGUUUAGUCAUAGAAGAGUAUAAUCUUAAGGGAUAAAAAAUAAACAAAUAAUGAUUUGGUAGAUAUACAGUACACUCAGCAUCACAUACCAUGCAUUGACAAGCAUUAAGCCCAAAUUAUCCAUGGCUCCAUCUGCUGGAAAUGUUAAAGGCAUACAAUGUGGAAUCAAUUGCCUAUGAGCACACAACAGAUAAGCAGUAGGUUUUUUUUAAAAAGGACUUUAAAACAAAACUGUAUGUAUGAAUGAACUAUAUAAGCAUAGAUUUUAGGGUGAUUUUGAUGUUUUAAUGUUUGAAGAAUUAUUAAUUGAAUCUGUAAUUGUAUUUAUUGUUAAAUAACUGUUAAAAUGUAAUUGUAUUGUGAUUUUGAGUUUUUGAACCCCAGGAAGACUAGCAACCACUUUGUGGAAGCUAAUGAGGUUCCAAACAAACAAACAAAUAAAUAAACAAAUACAGUGCUGCUUUUGCAAAAUUAGUCAGAUACAUUUAAUGUAGAACGGUCCCUACUUCCAUGAUAUGUUAAGAAAAUUUCUCCUUGAAAAAGUAAUAAUGACUGAUCAUUAUGGCACCUGUUUCAUUUCCUCUUAUUUAUCUAUUUCUAUUUUGGCUUUGCAAUACACAGUACAAGACAUCUAUAAAAAAACCCAAAACAAAACAAAAAAAAACUUUUACAUGUUUGAUCCUAUGGAAAAUGGGUUCACUAACUGGGGUCCAGGCCCCACAGAGGGGGCACCAGUAAUUUUAGGGGAUAGUGGUGCUUUGUCUGCUUGGUUGUCAAGAUUAAAUUUGCAAACCUGUUAACUAAAAACAUUGUAAUUAAUAAUUAUAAUAAAUUUUAUGCAUAACGCGCUUUUGCAGGUGCUCAAAGACGCCUUACAAAGAAAAAUAAAAAUAAAAAACACAAUUUAAAAUAUAGAAAAUUUUAAGUAAUAAGACCAACUAUGUAAAAGGUUAAAAAAGACACAUUAUGAAACAACAAUAAAAGAACAGUUCAUAGGUUAAAAGCCAAUUUAAAAAGCUGUGUUUUUAGAAGUGAUUUGAGGGUAGGGGGGGUCUGUACAGUCUCGCAUAGGUUUGGGGUGUGAAUUCCAGAGGGUGGGAGCAGCACCAGAGAAGGCUCUGUCCCCUCAAAUUGUAAUUAAAAAGGAACAUUACAUACAUAAACUAGACACGCCUAAGUAGUGAAAAUUUUAAUUUAUACUAUCCUGAGGGAUGACUCAAUUUGUGGAGGCCUUAUUCCCCCCACUUUUUAAAUAUUUUGUGAAUAGCUGCGAUUGGACUCUUCUUUUUUUUAACCUUUUACAUUGUUGGUCUUGUUGCCCAAAAUUGUCUGUAUAUUAAUUUUAAACACCUGUAAAAGUGUGUUUUAUAAAUAAAAUCUAUUCCCCCCACUUUUUAAACAUUUUUUGAAUGACUGCUGUUGGACUCUCCCCGCUCCGACUGCCUGUGAACGCACCAUCUGACUACAGGAAGUAGGACUGUAAUGUGUUUUUUUUUUAUCCGUCGGUUGUGUAGCGAUGAAAGCUAACUACAACAAGCCGCAACUUAUAGGAAGCUACGGGACAGUCGAAAUGACAAUAGCGGCACCUUGAAUCUUUAAAUAUGGUCGCAGAUUUUUUCCAAGGGUUUCGGUGCUCACUGAAUAGAAAACGGCAUCGCGGACGAAACCGUAGCUAAAACAACAGUAAGAAGGUAACGUCAACAGUUUAAACCGUUAGCGGCUCCCUGAAGCAGCAGCAGCACCACCUCCACCCUGAGCGCUCAUUACUUUUGCUUUAUAGUUGUGUUAGUUUAACAGUUAGACUACUGCUGUCUGUCAGAGAAUUAAACAUUAGACACCUUUAUGUUGUUGUUGCAUAAACGUUGCUAACGUGUGUGCUUGCUAAUCCUGCCUGCAUGUAUUACAGAGUAACACACCCUGUAUGUUUGUGUUGUUUGUGUCAUCUUCAGCAUGUGUUGAUUUCAAGGGUUAAUACAUUAAAGUGGUGUGCUGUUAAAUUAAAUUGGUGAUCAAUCAGCCUGGGUUUAAUGCUAACUUAAAAAAACAGAUAUUUAAGUUUUAUGUAUACAAUCUAUACAUAAGAUUGCAUGUACUUAGAGAUGCAGCUGCAUAUUAAACGACCAGUUGGUUUAAUUAUCAUAUACAUAGAAAAUAAUAAAGUCAAGCUUCAUGGAGAAUCUCCUUUUAAAUACAACGGCCAAAGAAAUCCAUUUAAAACCAAUUUCUCUAAGCUGGUUAUACUGCUCUGAGAACUUUAUUGUGCAAGGAAAGCAGCUCUACUGACCUAUAAUUUGACUCUUGUUUUGCAGAUAUUGUGUGUUACCUUAGCUAUGGUCAGUUAACAAGAAUGCAGAGGUGACCUGAGGUGGAUUUCAUUCAUUUCAUCACUUAUUUAAAUGGCUUCACCUUUGUCAGCAGCUUGUGUUUUAAUCUUAAUGUUUACAGAGUUGUGCUCUUUGCCCACGCUCUUUAGUUUGUCCUGGGCAGUUUUGUGAUCGUGAAAAACUUGAGGAUAAGCUGACCUCAAGUCACUUUAUGUAUUUAUUGCUACUUGAUUUCCAGGCAGUUGCAUGUUUCCUUUAGGCACCAGUGAAGUUUGGCCUCUUUUGGUUUGAGUCUUGCCAGUUUUUAGUUUUUUAUCAGUUACGUUUUAAGAGUGAAAACAGUUGUAACUAAAAAAAUCAAACAGUGUCUCAAAUCUAUGAACUUCUCAUUCCCUCAUCUUGCUUAACCGAAAGUCAGUGCUUAGGUUAGAUAAAAAUGCAACAUCUAACGCGUUUUUGCUUUUUUAUCUUUCCAGCAUUUGUUCACUUUCACUUUUACUUUUUCGAUCAAACUAUCAACGGAUGACCUGAUUCAUAUCUGUGUUUUGCUCUUUGUUUCACAGCUCAGUAGUAUGCUGGACGUGGGGAAGUGGCCAGUGUUUGCCCUCCUUCCUCCUGAGGAGCUUCGGCUUAUCCGGCAGGCUUGUGUCUUUGGCAGCGCUGCAAAUGAAGCCCUUUAUGUCACAGUUAAUGAUGAGGUAAGACUUGGCCUUUACGAAGGAUGCCUUAAUCUCCUUGUUUACACUGGCAUGUGUUGUUAGAGUUGAUAGAUUGUUUUUCAUUAUUAAACUUGAAUUUAUUUAUUUUUUAACAUUUAGAACUGUCUGGAAAAAUGCUGCAGGCUUCUCAGUCUAAGGCUGAUACAGGUUGCAGUUCCGGUUGCAGGGAUAAGCAGAUAGAAUGAGGCUAUCUUUAGCCAUACAGGCCUAAUACCCGAGCAAGCUCCAUUUUUAUCCCACGGAGAGUUGUAGCACAUGCCUCAUCUUUCUACCCGCUCUCAUAUGUUUAUCCCUGUGGCACAAACAGGUUAUGGUUUGGAGUAGUAAGUGGGGUUUGAACAAAUUUUUGAUAUAUAUUUUUUUAAAGGCCAGAUACAUUACAUUCCACCUCCUCUGCACGCUGUAAUUACUUUAGAUCAAAUUACCUAAUAGAGCUCACAAUAGAGCUUCUUGGAAAUCAGAGUAUUCUUAGAAACAAUCGCACAAAGAUUACUCUAGUUUUACUAAGAUGUGAAGUGGCUGAAAUGAUUAGCCUUAUUUGUUUAGACAGUUGAUACAGAAGCUUUAAUAUCUAACCCUCCAUGUAAAGUAAAGAGUCUUCUGUCUAAUGUCUUGUCUCACCAGAUACCUCGUGUUAUCAGUUAGCAGUGUUUUGUUUGGUUUAAUUGGUCAUAAGGAGUUCUGUUACACCCAUGAUGUUUGCUCUUCGUAGGUGUUUGCUCUAGGAACUAACUGCAGUGGAUGUUUGGGGCUCGGAGACCUUCAAAGCACUAUCGAGCCGCGCAGGAUUGAUGUCUUGUGUGGGAAAAAGAUAGUGUCCUUGAGCUAUGGAACAGGACCACAUGUGGUUAUCGCUACUUCAGGUAAUACAGUUCCCUAACACUUAUUUAUUUUUCCCCGAGGGGAAAGUUUCCCCAGGAAUAAUAUCACAACCAACACAAUGAUUCAAAACAGUGUGAUGACAGUGCUGCGUCAUUCCUGGACAGAAGUUAUAGAAAAUUACAAUCAAAAUAAUGAGUCAGUCUCAAGUCAAAUUUACAUCUUGCUUUUAGAGUGACAGUGUCAAAUAACCAGGCUUCAUACAUACUUGAUUUUACUGAAGUAGCAUCUGCAAACAUAACAAACUCUGGUUUACUUGUUGUCAACAUCAGUUAUUCAAUCACAAGGCCUGUUAAUUAAUGUCAGGCUGAAAGCGGGUUUUAAUUUUGGGUUAUAUAUUGGUGGGACUUGUCUUCGUAACAUUUGAAACAGAUUGUGCGUCAGAAAAUAUCAAGCUCAGAAUCACGUGAAGUCGUCUGUUUGUCUAUUUAUCAAAAAUUAACCACUGUGACAACAUGAAUAAACGUUUCCCUGCUUCUGCGUAGAUGGAGAGGUGUUCGCUUGGGGCCAUAACGGCUACAGCCAGCUCGGCAAUGGGACCACCAACCAUGGGCUGACCCCUGCCCUCGUGUCCACCAACUUACUAAGCAAAAGAGUCACAGAAGUGGCCUGUGGCUCACACCACACCAUUGCUCUCACAACUGAUGGAGAGGUAACCUGUCGUCCGUUUCUUCAUGCUGUUUUUUGUUUGUUUUCUGUGUGUUUAUUCCCACUGUGACCUUUUUUCUCUGCAUUCAGGUGUACGCGUGGGGUUACAACAACUCAGGCCAAGUCGGUUCAGGCUCGACUGCCAACCAGCCGACGCCGCGCCGGGUCAGCAGCUGCCUGCAGAACAAAGUGGUGGUUAACAUAGCCUGUGGUCAGCUCUGCUCUAUGGCUGUAUUGGACAAUGGAGAGGUAAUGGGUCACAUUAAUCUGCAAAUGUUUUGCAUGAACAAAAGAGAGCGCUCUCAUCGGGCCAGGUGUUUGGCUGCGGCCCUCAAUUGUUUCUGAACCGACAUUAUGUUGCUGUUGACUUCAUAAUAACAGCUUUCAGAGCGAUCAGAUGUCUGUCCUUGUAGCUGGUAAUGUAGAUUUUACAGUACUGUGAUAGCAACCAUCCUCCAGUAUUCGUAGGAAAUGAAUAAACAAGACAGCAGAUAUGGAGUGACCUCAAACCGGCUGUUAUGUGUUUGAUAGAAAAUUAAUUAUUAUCUCAACUGUAGAGGCACAACACCUUAGAAGAAGUGUCGCUUUAGAGGGCUAGUAUUGCUUAAAUUCUUUCUUUCUUCUCUCUUUCUUUCUCUAUUUAUUCCAGCCAAGGCAAUUUCUCAAUUUUACAAUAUUAUGUCACAAUGCAACAUUUCUUAUCCAUUGGUUGGAAGGGAGCAGGGAGAAAAAACAUCUUAUAUUACCUACCCCUCACUUAAAGUCUAAAAGUUCUAAUAAUCUAUCACAGAGAAACAUUCAUACCACAAAACAAAAACAACAAAACAAACAGAACAGAGUUUCAAAUUGACUUAUCGGUCACUGAGCUGUACUGUAGUCACACCCUGAAGUAAACAAAACAGGCAUAAUAAUAAAUAUAAAUAAAAUACAGCAUUUUAAACUGACUUUUCUACAAGAAUCAUUGGUUACUUUUGUCAUAAUGUCUAAUUGCGUUUUCCUUUAACAUUUUCUUGGCUUGUAAAAGAUUUGUACAGGUCUUCUUGAUGUGACUUACAUGUAAGUUAUUGUAGUUUAUCACCAAACAUUGUCAUUCUGCAUUUGGGUCAUCUUAUAAAACAUAUAUAUAACAAGUUAAAAAUGUGAAGUGAAAUAUUCAGAGAUCAUGAAAGUAAUCAUUGCAGACCGUACUAUAAACUUAUCUAAACUAAAUGAAAUAGUUCCCCUCUUCACUGUCUUGAUCAAAGAUGAAUUUCUUCUCUGUUCGUAGAUCUACGGCUGGGGCUACAACUGCAAUGGGCAGCUUGGUUUGGGCAACAAUGGAAAUCAGCAGACCCCGUGCAGGAUCGCUGCUCUUCAAGGCGUCAACAUUGUCCAGGUAUGAGCGCCGUCAGGUGAAGCAUCUCGUACACGUUGCAGGAAACAUUCAGUCUAACGCCGCCCUUCCUUGAAUCUGCAGGUUUCCUGUGGAUACGCACACACAUUGGCGCUAACAGAUGAGGGCUUUGUUUACGCCUGGGGAGCCAACUCGUACGGGCAGUUAGGAACAGGAAAUAAGAGCAACCAAGCUCUCCCCACUUUGAUAAACACUGACAAAGAGAGGUUAGUAUUACGGGUUCACGCCAGGUUCAUUAAGCCUUAAACGCCUUUCUGCUAUCAUGACAGAUCACUGAGGGUCCAAGGGAGUCUUUUUGUUAUGAUUGAAUAUGACCGACCUCGUCAUCACCUGCAUUAUUUUAGCACAGCCUACAGUAUGUGAGUGGACUGGACCUCAGUAGUAUUUCAUGGUUAAUUCUGCUUUUGUCACUAGGAUGGUGGAGGUGGCUGCAUGUCACACCAGCCACACAUCAGCUGCCAAGACCCAGAGCGGGCAGGUUCUGAUGUGGGGUCAGUGUCGGGGUCAGGCUGUAGCCAGCCCCCAUCUCACCCAUUUCAGCAGCACUGAUGAUGUGUUUGCCUGCUUCGCCACACCAGCGGUCACAUGGCACCUUCUCUCAGUAGGUAAGAGUGUAAAAAAAAUAAGCUUGAAAAGGACAGUUGUGGGAUUCAGAGAAUCAUGGAAGGAUUCAUGGCACACUGAGGCGGACAAUAUUCCUCAUGGGUACAAAUUCCAAGAAUUGGUGUGAGGAACAAACAGGAAGCCGUGUUUCCUGUCGGUGUCAAACACUCAUAAUUUGACAGAUUGAUUCUGUGUGAACUCGGUUAAAGCUGAAGGGUCAAGUAUUUUGAAGAACUUCACAGUCUGUUCACGCUGUUGUCUGAGGUUAAUUAAACGACCCUCUGAAAAAUCAGUAAACCAACAAACCACUGAAAUACUCUGUGCUCUUAUUUAUGUAUCUGUUUCAGUCUAUUGUCACUCAUUGAACUUGAGCACUGAGGAAGAAACAAGCGCUCGAACUAAAGCUGUAAUUUCAUCGAUUCUGUUUUAUAAAGCGAACUUGUAAGACCAGGGGUCAGAGGGUAUUUCUUUCAUUUUUAUAUAGGAUAUCGAUAUUGACCCUUGACAUCACAGGGCUUUAUUUUUGAUUUGAAAUACUGCUGCUGUUUUUUUUUACUUCUCCAGCUUCUCCUCAGUGAAGGAAAAACUAUCAUUUUCUUUUCAGAUGGUGAUGACUACCUGACGGUGGCCCAGUCUUUGAAGAAAGAGUUUGACAGCCCAGAGAUUUCAGACCUGAAGUUCUUGGUUGAUGGGAAGUGUAUCCAUGUUCACAAAGCUCUCCUGAAAAUCAGGUACAAAAAAUAACUGUACAGUUCCUGUCCAGUUAAAGGCCAGAUUAGAUAGCUGCUGUGUGUCUAAAGCACAAAAUAUUCAGUUUAGAUUUUUUUAAGGUACAUUAUUACCCAAACCAUAUUUAGAAUCACUUUAUGGUGCAUGGGACAGGAACUGAGACCCUGUCUGCAGGUUUUCCUCCACCGUGUUUAGCCUCUGCAUUCUUUUUGUCUUUUUUUUUUCAGACUUGAUUUCCUUUUCUUCCUCAGUCGAGCAGCCUGCUUCUCCAUCCUGACUUUCAUUGUGGUCACAUGAGUUUACUUUUCCACAUUCAGAGUGCUUUGUCAUGAGUAAAGGAGACACUCAGCAGACCACACUGAAAAUUUCAGAGUGACAGAAAUUCACUGAUAAAUGUCAGUGCUGUCGUGGAUGCUGGUAUUAUUGUUGGAGCCUAGUUGUUUGGUUGAUUGUGCAGCUAUCAUUUGCACACGCUGAGUUAUCUUUAUGUGAUGUUGAAGUCAGUGUACACACACACACACACACACUGAAUCCUGUGUUAUAUUUAAACUCCAGCUGUGAGACAGAGUUUCCUCGUCUUUCCUGUUAAUGUCACAGGGAAGCAAAAGACAGUCCUAUUGUUUCCUGCUUUUCUUUUUAUAACCACACUUGGACUCAGAGGAUCUGCAUUCCAGUCCCUGCUCUUUGCACUGUCAGUAGGAUGGAGCCAGACUGUCUGCGACGUCAGUCUUGGUGGUGCACACGCAGAUCACAUGCAAAUGAUAUGUUUAAGAUGCAUUCGGAGGGGGAAAACUGUGUUGUUUAUUCAGCUGCAUCCUGAGGAAAAACUGUAGAGAGGCAGUGAGUUCUGAGGUUAACAGAGGGGUAAAUAAAAAAAAAAAGGUAAUCAGUAUUUAUAAUGCUGAGGCCCUUGAGGAACAAUUAUGGAAAAGACUGUGAGCUGCGAUUGUUGGCAAGGUGCCUUUGUUUUGCCUCAGGAACUGAUGAGAGUGAAUCUUAAGUAAGUUCACUGGAAUAUAUGAAUAUGUGUUAUUUUGACACAUUGUUAUGGUAACAGUUACGUGUGUCAAAGAAGAGCCACAGCCGCCUCUGUUUACUCGUUCAGGGUGUUGAACUUUAAUGAACAAAUCUAAAUCUAACACACUGUGAGGGGAAACUGUUUCAGAAACUGAUGCGCAACAAUCAGACAUACUCAGAAAACAGUUUCUGUGGUUUUGUAUCUUAAAGCUGCUGUGAGGAACUUCCUGUCUGAGCUGAUUUUGGCGCCCUCUGCUGGGAAAAAUGCUAAAGCAAAGCUAAAAGGAUGUUUGGUGGCUAGCACUAUGGCUGGGACCCUAUAUGUACUGUUGAUGAAGUUAGGUGCUGUUCUGAGCAUUAUUUGUGGCUAUAGAGUGGCGUUUCGGUUGAGGUUUGUUUAUGGCUCCUCAGACCGCUGUGUAUUGCUAUCCUGCGGUCAUUACUAAAGUUGGUAUAACUAGAGAAGCAAGCGGUCGGCAACAUUCAUCUCUCGAGGGGGUGUCUAACUCAGUGUUACGGUGUGUUUAACCCUAAAUUUAUUUUACGCCGGAAUAUCCCUUUAAUUCAGUCUGUGUCACAAACUCCUCACAUCUAAAAACUCUUUAUCUAAAAGUGUAGCUUACUCAUGCAGUAUUAUUUCACUUUUGCAAUAUUCUCAGAUCUUACUCUUUUUUUGGCGUCCUUUGUGUCCUUUGGUUUAUAAACAGUGUUUGUGCUGAUCUCAGUGAACAUCACUUUUUAUUUCCAUGUGCCAUAGGCUGUAGGUGUCAUUUAUAAACGUCUUGAUUCCUGAAAAGUGUUGAUAAAUCAUUUCCAGCCUCAAGUAUGUCUUUACUCAUAAAUAGUCUUUGACCCUGUAGUCUGCUCCUCUCCCCGCCUGUCCAGGUGUGAACAUUUCCGUGCACUGCUGAAUGAGACGGACGACGACACCAUAGAAAUUCACCAGUUCUCAUACCUGGUGUACCGAGCCUUCCUUGAAUACCUCUACACAGACACCAUUAACCUGCCACCAGAGGAUGCUAUUGGUAAGCCCAGACACGGCCUUGAGUGAGAGCACUGAGGAGCUCUUUGAAACCGGUCCUGAACACACUCACUUGUGUUUCUGUGUUUUGAUCUUGUGUCUGCAGGGUUGUUAGACUUAGCCACGUUCUACAGCGAGACAAGGCUGAAGAGAUUGUGCCAGGAAACCAUCAAGAGGGGCAUCUCUGAGGAGAACGCCAUCACUCUGCUCUCUGCUGCAGUCAAGUAUGAGGCGCGGGUAAGCUCAUAGCUCAUAGCUCCUGGCACACAGUCAAACACCGUGGUGGUGGGGCCUUCUUAGUAGCUAGUCAGUUGUCGUCCCUCAGCACUGACCAGAUAGCCCUCUUCAUUUUUAGGAUCUGGAGGAGUUCUGCUUCAAGUUUUGUGUCAACCACCUAACAGCUGUCACGCAGACCCAGGCCUUUGCAGACAUGGACCACGACCUGCUCAAGAACUUCAUUAGUAAAGCCAGCCGCUAUGGGGCCUUCAAAAACUGACUAGCUUGCCCCUGUGGGGACGGAUGCGACACAAUGAGGGUUAAGCUCACUGAAGUCCUGGGAAUCGACCGCAGACCAAAGUAAACACCAGGCUGUCCGCUACUUCAAAGCCUGGUGGCUGCGGAUGUUAGCAGCAGAGAGGUUCACGGUUUCAGGUUACACUCUGACUGAUGCUUGUGUUACUUCCCAAAACACAGCGGUAAAAGUUUUUGGUGAUUGGGUUACGCCACUGUCAGUCACAAAGAGCCCAGAAGUCAAACAGACAGAUGUGCCACAGUCGACUUCUCGGCUGAUUCUGGAUCUGAUUUUUUUGUUCAAGCAAAUUGACACAGAGCUGAGAACCAGGAUGCUCCCAAACGUUUGACAUUUUUCAUAGUUCAUCUUAAUGUGUAAGGGGUCAAGGCAUGAAGACAUUAUUCAUUCGAUCACACUGCCUCUGAACGGUGAAUGAGACAAAUCAGCAACGCCCUACAUUGUGCUGUAGUAUAUUUAGUAACACUUUACUUGACGCCUAUCUCUAUAAUGCAUUAUAAAUCUAUGUAUAAUGCGUUAUAAUCACGUUAAAGCACUGUAUACCUAUAGUUAUAAACACUCAUAAAUGUUCAUAAUGCUUUAUAGCAAUAAUAAUAACGCAUUAUAAAGCAUUUUAUCAUGACUUACAAGGUCAGGCGUUAUCAUGUGUUGUAACUAUUAACAACUCACUGACAAUGCCCACAUAGAUAAUGCAUUAUACAUAUAUUUAUGAUGUGUUAUAAUUUGCAUAUAAACUUGUAUAACUAUCAUUAUAAACACUCAUUAAUUAUCACGAGGCUUUAAAACAAUAAGGAUAACACAUUAUAAUACCUGACCUUGUAAGUCAUGAUAAAACGCUUUGCAAUGUCUUAUGAUUAUUACUAUAAAGCAUUAUGAUCAUUUAUAAGUGUUUAUAACUAAGGUAUACAGUGCUAUAACGUGAUUAUAUCGAAUUAUUAAUAUACGUAUAAUGCGUUAUAGAGAUAGGCAUCAAGUGAAGUGUUACUGUACGUUCUGUCUAAUACAUAGUGGGGCUGCAAUGCUGGGAAAUGCUUUGCAAGAUGAUGACCACCACUAAAAAAAUGAGUAUUUUGGUUUAUAGUAAAUCAUUAAUACUUUUAUUAUUACCAUCAGUUAUACUAACCAUUUAAGAAAUACAUAAAAAGUACUUUUUUUGUUUUUUGCUUGAACAAACACUUCAGUAUAAUUUCACUAAACUGUAACGUCACAUAUAGUAGACUUAUAACAAUUCAAGCUGGAAGUGUUGUGCAAUAGUAUGAGAUGAAAACAGUGUAUCACUGCUAGCUGCAACAGUUAUUGGCUACAGGAAGCUCAAUGCGAGCUCAGUCCGUGGUGAAUUAUUCUUUCAGAUUGUGCUGCUUUUCUCUGACGCCUUGAAUCUCAAACUUUUUGGAUUGAGUAUAAAGUGAUGAAGAACAUCCAAACCUGCUCCUCUGUUUUUAGACAGAAGUGACUGGACACCUUUUUCCGGCUUGUAUCUGAUCAACGUUAACAGUUGUUCUUUUACACAAAGUCCUGUUUUUAUUUUGCCACUUUGCUUUACUUGUAGUUUUUCACCUCGUUAUUGUUUAGUACGAGCUUAGACUUAUAUUUGCACUGUUGCUGUCCGCAGUUCCUCUUUCCAGCAUUAACACACUGAUAAAAAAAACAGACAGAGCAGUUUGUGACACUUGAAGAGAGAUAAGGACAUCCUUCAGUGUGUUUACUUGUGUCUGACUAACACAAGCGUUAUACUUAUUCCUGUGUAGCCUGUUGUUGGUGUUAAACUGUGAGAGCAGCUGAUUUUACAGUUGUUGCCAUUGCAGUUUGAAAUGUUUACAAAAGUUAUUUGUUAUUGUUGUUUUUGUUUAUUUUCCAGUUGUUUUUACGCAGCAAUCUUCUGCUUCUUCUUUUUACAAGUCUUGCUUUAUAAGUCUCCCAUGGUAGCACCUUCAGAUAAUAACAUAGUGCAGGCUUAGUGUAAUUACCAACCAGAUGAAGUCUGGUGUCGAACCGCAAGCUCUUUAAAUCUAGUUACAGGAGAAUUCCACAUUAAACUCCCUAAAGACGUCUAAACGGGAUGUAGCGAAAACGCUUUUACUUUAACGAGCCAAUUGUUGUAUUUUUUGAACAUUUUGAUAAAUACUACAAAUGCCUGUGUUUUCAUUUUGUACAGAAAAUGCUGUAAGCUGCUAGCACUGGCAUGAAUGGUGACAUUUGAUAAUCUCAUACACAUUAAAAACAAUAACUCUACAACCCUG